AUGACUGUGGAAAAGGCCUUUAGACAAAAUUCAUUCCUCAGGAAACAUCAGCAAAUUCACACAGGGGAGAAACCUCAUGAAUGUAGUGACUGUGGAAAAGCCUUUACACAGAAGUCAUACCUCAUAAACCAUCAGCGAAUUCACACAGGAGAGAAACUUUAUAAAUGCCUUCAAUGUGGAAAAGGCUUUCUGUGGAAGUCAGACCUCAUAGUACACCAGAGAAUUCACACAGGGGAGAAACCUCAUAAAUGUAAUGACUGUGGAAAAGCCUUUGGACGCAAGUCAUCCCUCCUCAUACACCAGCGAAUUCACACAGGGCAGAAACCUCAUAAAUGUAAUGACUGUGGAAAAGCCUUUGGACAAAAGUCAACCCUCAUCAUACACCAGCGAAUUCACACAGGGGAGAAACCUCAUAAAUGUAAUGAUUGUGGAAAAGCCUUUGGACAAAAGUCACACCUCAUAAUACACCAACGAAUUCACACAGGGGAGAAACCUCAUAAAUGUAAUGACUGUGGAAAAGCCUUUGGACACAAGUCAUCCUUCCUCAUACACCAGCGAAUUCACACAGGGGAGAAACCUCAUAAAUGUAAUGACUGUGGAAAAGCCUUUGGACGAAAGCCAGACCUCAUCAUACACCAGCAAAUUCACACAGGGCAGAAACCUCAUAAAUGUAAUGACUGUGGAAAAGCCUUUGGACACAAGUCAUCCCUCCUCAUACACCAGCGAAUUCACACAGGGGAGAAACCUCAUAAAUGUAAUGACUGUGGAAAAGCCUUUGGACAAAAGUCAAACCUCAUCAUACACCAGCAAAUUCACACAGGGGAGAAACCUCAUAAAUGUAAUGACUGUGGAAAAGCCUUUGGAACAAAGUCAGCCCUCCUCAUACACCAGCGAAUUCACACAGGGCAGAAACCUCAUAAAUGCAAUGACUGUGGAAAAGCCUUCGGACACAAGUCAGGCCUCAGGAAACAUCAGCGAAUUCACACAGGGGAGAAACCUCAUAAAUGUAAUGACUGUGGAAAAGCCUUUGGACAAAACUCAGACCUCAUCAGACACCAGCAAAUUCACACAGGGCAGAAACCUCAUAAAUGUAAUGACUGUGGAAAAGCCUUUGGACAAAUGUCAGCCCUGCUCAUACAUCAGCGAAUUCACACAGGGGAGAAACCUCAUAAAUGUAAUGACUGUGGAAAAGCCUUUGGACGCAAGUCAUCCCUCCUCAUACACCAACGAAUUCACACAGGGGAGAAACCUCAUAAAUGUAAUGACUGUGGAAAAGCCUUUGGACGCAAGUCAUCCCUCCUCAUACACCAGCGAAUUCACACAGGGGAGAAACCUCAUAAAUGUAAUGACUGUGGAAAAGCCUUUGGACAAAAGUCAUCCCUCCUCAUACAUCAGCGAAUUCACACAGGGGAGAAACUUCAUAAAUGUAAUGACUGUGGAAAAGCCUUUGGACAAAAGUCAAACCUCAUCAUACACCAGCAAAUUCACACAGGGGAGAAACCUCAUAAAUGUAAUGACUGUGGAAAAGCCUUUGGACAUAAGUCACACCUCAUCGUGCACCAGCGAAUGCACACAGGGGAGAAACCUCAUAAAUGUAAUGACUGUGGAAAAGCCUUCGGAUACAAGUCAGGCCUCAGGAAACAUCAGCGAAUUCACACAGGAGAGAAACCUCAUAAAUGUAAUGACUGUGGAAAACCUUUGGACAAAAGUCACACCUCAUCGUGCACCAGAGAAUUCACACAGGGGAGAAACCUCAUAAAUGUAAUGACUGUGGAAAAGCCUUUUUCUAUAAGUUAUACUCAUAUGAAAACAGUUCACACAGGGCAGAAACCUUAUGAAUCUAGUACGUGUGGAAAAGCCUUUAUAAAUCAUGUUAUAAUUCACAGCUCAUAUUACACCACAGAAUUCACACCAGGGAGAAACUUCAUGAAUGCAAUGACUGUAGAAAAGCCCUUGGCAAUAAGUCACAUCUCAGAAUGCAUCAGAAAAUGCACAUAAAGAGAAACCUUUUGGACAUAAUGACUUGGAAAGCUUUUUCCCAUAAUUCAGCCCUCAUUGCACAUCAUCUAAUUCAUAUGGGGGAAAACACUUUGGAUAUAAUGCCUUUAUCCAUAAGUAACACCUCAUAAAACAUCAGAAUUCACAUGGGGGAGAAACCUUAUGAAUGGAAUGAAUUUUGGAAAAC